AUGUCUGCAGCAUUGAAAGCUGCCAUGCGUUGGAGGACAUUGUUGGCCGUGCCUUUGGCGCUAGCUUUUGCUUCCGACGAUGCGAAUUUGAUGGGUAGAACACGGCCAAUGGCGCCACAGAAGAAUAUUUAUACUGACGGCGAAGAUGUUGUGCUGGAAGAGACCAGGUUCAGAGCGUUGAGUCCUAGUGUGCUCGAUAUAGCGACUGAGGCAUUAGGCGAAGUAUACUCUCUGUGGACAAGCUAUAACAACAACGCAGUGACCAUUGCGUUUUGUGAAAAAGGUAUGGUGAGGUCCGUGGAUGCCGGGACGACCUGGUUCCCCAUGUCUUUAGCUGCUGUCGAUGAUCUCAAGCCCGAGCACUUGGCUAAUGCUAGUAUCGACCAAAGUAAUGGCCGCAGCGACUAUAUUGUUAUCAACUUUUCUAAAGGAGCAUUCGCACUCCAUACCGCAGUGGAAUCUUUGACUACGAAUGAUGCACAUUCGUUUGCUCUAGAGGAUGCCUACUGCCUUCCUCAUCCCGAGACCGACGAGUUCUUAUGUGCGGAUGAUGACAACGGUUUGAUGCGCCGCGAUAGCAAUGGAAAUUUCCACACCAUCCAAUUGGAUGGCAUGACGAGCGAAACCCUGGUCAGAAUUGAUUCGGCUCCUGGUGGGUUCUUUGUUGCAUCUUUUCUCAGCGCAGAUCGGUUGCACCUGGCGACAUCCAAAGAUUUGGUUGAGUGGAAUAGGGCCGAGUUCAAAGGUCUCACUCUCGACAAAGAUACCAUAGUGAGCAUAGUCGACGUUGGUGAACCCACCCUCGCUCUUACUAUCGGUGUGCGGGACCAGCUAGCCCGUGAUCUGUGGAUUUCUGAUUCUUCAGGGAUGUCAUUCACAAAGACGCUUCAACAUGUUGCAAUUGUGGAUGGAUUUGUGAGUAUCGCCAGCUCAAACGACCAAGUAUUCGCAAAUGUAUUGGUUGGCCACCACCAAAACCACAGAGAUGUGGUCGCUCGCAUUAUCACCAAAGUUUCCAAGGAUGGUGGGAGAACAUGGCAUCCUUUGAAGGGUAAUUCUGAAAGUAAGAAGCAAAACCUGCACCUGCACCUUGUUCUUCCAGCCAUUGGUGGUCAAAGGCUGUCCUCUGAGCCAGUCAUAGCUUUUGGCAACACAGGUGAUCAUUUGCGAGCCUUUAGUGAUGCCCAGCUGUAUGCAGAGAAGGCUGGUACUUGGGAAGUGAGCAACUGUACUGAGCAGGAGGCAGGAAAUGCGAUUUGUGCUCUUUUCAGCCAACAUCGGUUGAGCCCAGACUCAGUUUCAGACCCGGCAGUGAAAUCCGUUGUCAAAGACGGAGAAUUCGUAGUACUCCCCAGGGCGAAUGUACCGAGUACUAGUCCGAGCACAGAGGUUUCUCUGUCUGCUCAGGCCGAUGGCAAAGUGUCACAUGCCGUCCAAGAAUUGAACGGUCGCCUUGCUAACUACCUCUAUCUCAAAUCCGGAGAUAACCGUGACGAAGAAACUGUUCUCGUGUGGUCGACGAAUGGCGAGCUUCUCAUAUCGCAUGAUCAAGGUUCGGAAUGGCAAACUUUUGAGAAAGGUGAUGUUGAGAAGGUCUGGUCUAACCCCUACUUCAAUGACUAUGUGCUCGUAUACACUAAAAAUCGAGAACUAUAUGCUUCAACCAACCGAGCAGUGUCCUUCCAAAAAGUCAAGCUCCCCGGAGAGCUAAGCUUGUUUGGAAUACCCUUCAGUUUCCACCCCACCCAGGGCAGCUGGAUGAUAGUGUCAGUUACGCCUGAACGCUGUGAUUCGUUCGACAGCUGCCUUCCUACGGCAUAUGCCACUACAAAUUUUGGAAAUAACUGGAAAAAACUUGUUGAAGAGAUAACCACUUGUACGUUUGUCGUGAACACGCGGGCAGAAAACUCUGAUAGCCGCAUCUUUUGUGAGCAAAGAAUGGGAAGCAAAUUCAAUGUGGUGUCAUCCAUCGACUGGUUCAAAACGGUCACAGUCAAUGUGGAGAAUUCUUUUGGCCUUGCUAUUGACGAUGAGUUUGUUGUUACCGUCGCAUACGACGACGAAGCCCAAGCUCUUUUGCCAUUUGUAUCAGUUGACGGGAGAUCUUUUUCAGGUGGGCGUAUUCCCACAAGUAUCAAACUUGAUGGCAAGACAGGAUAUACGGUUAUUGACACCGAAACAAAGAGCGUGUUCCUUGCCGUUACUAGCUACAAAGAGCACGGCCAAGAGAUGAGCGAGCUCCUGAAGUCUGGUUAUUUUGGAACCGAAUAUGUUAGCGUGCUUUCAGACGUCAAUCGUGACAUGAUUGGAUUGGUUGACUUUGAAAGGAUUUCAAGCACCGAGGGUGUUGCCUUGGCAAACAUUGUCUCAAACGCCAAUGAGGUGCGGCAGCGUGGAGAGAGAAAAAUCGUCAAAACCAAAAUCACUCACAGCGAUGGUGCCUUUUGGGACUUUAUUCCAGCUCCUAAAGGAGAAUGCAAGAGUCAAGACACAAAUGACUGCUCUUUGCACCUUCACGGUUAUACUGAAAGGCUGGAUACGCGCAACAAACCCUCGUCACCGUCAGCUGUGGGCCUAAUUAUUGGUAAUGGUAAUGCUGGUGAAGGUCUGCGGUCUUUCCACGAUGCCUCUACAUAUCUCAGUCGUGAUGGCGGCGUGACGUUCAAAAGAAUAAACGACCAUCCGUCGUUUUGGGAGUAUGGCGAUUCUGGGUCGCUCAUUGUGUUGGCUGACCGGGGUGCCCCCACCGACAGAAUCCGUUAUACGCAGGAUGAAGGUGAGACGUGGGAGGAGUAUCAGUUUAGUGAGUCUAUGGUGACAGUUCUCAAUGUCGCCAACAUCCCCAGCGAUACGAGUCGAAAGUUUUUGAUUUUCGCUCAGCCUCCCCAUUCUGAUGGUACCAACGCUGUAGCAAUCCAAGUGGAUCUCAGUGGAUUGACUGACCGUCAGUGCGUGUACAAGGGGCCUGAUAGCUCUGGUGGUGAUUUUGAGAGCUGGAUUCCGUCUCAUCCGCGGCUUCGAGACGAGUGUGUGUUGGGCCAUGUAGCUGUAUACCAGCGCAAGAUUCCUUCGACAAAAUGCUAUAUCGGGAAAACGGGCAAGAAGCUUGGUGCUCCUAAGCUAACCACGAAAAGUUGCUUUUGUUCACGUGAAGAUUACGAGUGUGACUUUGGCUUCAAGCGAACGGACACUGGAGCAUGUGCCGCCGUUAGCGAACCUGACGACACCCCAGAGAUGGAUCGCCAGUGUGCAGUACCUGGUGCAAUUGCUUGGCACCAUGUCACCGGUUACCGAAAGAUUGCUAUCGAUACCUGCAAAGGCGGUCAGGAACUUGACGCAGGUACUCAAGACAGACCUUGUCCCGGCAAGGAGGCUGAAUUUGAACAACGCUAUGGUAGAAACCCUGGAUCAGGCGAUAGUGAUGAUGGUGGCAACAAUGGCGGCAGUGGAAACGGGCCCAGUGUUUUCCGGAUCUUUAUAUCCAUCAUCUUCGUUUUGGGUAUCGUCGGCACGCUUGCCGUGGUACUGGUGUACAAGUUCAAGAACCAAGGCCGUAUCUAUCUUGGCGAGUCUGAGGAGCCCACAACCCCCCUCGACAAGUUUGCUGUCAUUGCUCUAUCUAUCGCGGCCAAUGCAGGCCACCAGUUCCUCCGGGUUUGGGAUGCCGUAUUGGGCCAGGUCGAUUCAAGAUUCAGAUCAUCUCAUAUCAAUCUUUAUGAGCGUAUUGACAACGAGGAGCGUGCGCGGAUCCUGGAAUCCGAUUUCGAAGACGAGGAUCUCAACUAUGAUGUGGAUAACACCGAACUUGACGGAGACAAUUUGCACGCUGAUCCUGAUUCGUUGUAA